AUGGAGUGGAUUCGAGGUGGCCCCGCCGCAGAGGUGGUUUUCCAGAUUCAACAGACCAAGUUUGUGAUUCCACCAGAGGUUAUGAAUCGGUCAGAUGUCCAGGGUUCGGGUCUGGCGUUGAUUGCGAAAAAUGAAGGAUUCAAAGACAUCCCGCCGAAACUUCCCAAGGCAGAAGAUGGCUCCAUCCGCCUCACACGACCCCUGGAAGGCUUUGAGCUCCUCGUCGACCACUUGCUAGAUCUCGAGCCCCUCAGAAACGUCCCCUUGCAGGAUUUCGCGAGCAAGUACAUCGCGCUAAAAUCCGAAAUGGCCUUUUGGCAAUUGCCUCUCGAGGACUUACCGUUCAACGAUAAGGUCUACUUCGAAUCUGCCUGGACAGAUGAGCGCUGCCUGUUUCCGUUGUCGGCGCCGGAUGCUGCCGCUCUCGAAAAGCACGCAGAUGCAGAGCCCACGAGUGGUCGGCGAACUGUCUUAACUCGCCUGGAGAAGCAGCCUGAGGAAAUCAGCAAAACGUUUCUCGAUCUCGGCGAGGAAGAAGCACGGGACUGGUCUUUCUUCGCCGUCGAGCCCGCGGAGGUGGCCAAGGUCGCGAGGAAAACCCACAAACCUGUUCCCGGCAGGCUCGUCCUCGCAGUCGGUCCGAAGAAGUUCUUCUGCAAGAUCCCGUAUGUCACCGACUUGUGUGUGCACUACGGGACACUGGGCGAGCCCGAGGCAGGCUUCGCGCCUUUCGCUCUCCUCGUGUCGCCCACAGAGUGCACCAUCGUUUGGAGUCUCGGCUGUUUCAUUCACAUCAAAGCGGCUGAAGGCAGCAAUCCUUUGUCGGCGCACAUCAACGUCAUUAAAGAGACCCCGAGCUGGCUCUGUGUUCACCCCUGUUUGGACUACGUCCUGUCAGGUGUGAAAGGUCCAGUUCCGUACAUUUUUUGCUUCGACAUGCCCGACGCCUCGGCCGUUCGCUUCUUCCCGUGGGGCUGCUUGGUGGUGAACAAACAAGUGACCCUCGAGAGCCGCAAGAAGCCUUCAGACAUCAGCGGUCCCUCGGCCUCCGCGUUGGUGGCGCGGCUCGCCUCGCGCGACGAAAGUGGGCCGAACGAGCAUUUGCGACGCCUCUUCACUUUCCUGCAGCCCGACGCUUCGGCGAGGAAACGCGCCGAGGAUCCCUCCGAACUCAAUCCGGCGAAGCCUGUGCUGGUCGCCAGUGUGCUGCGCAGCAAACUGAAGGCGCUCAAGCCCAUUGAGCGAAUCCACCUGAUCAACAUGGACAUCGAAGAGGAAAGCUCGGUGACGCUCCGCCACGGAGAGCACUACGACAUUCUGGAUGUUCGCAACGCCGCAGGCACUGACUUCGAGGUGGUUAUGGCUGUCAACGGAGGUAUCGUCUCCCGAAAGCGAGAGGACUUCAUGGAAGUUCGUUACGGCGAACCUGUCGCGGUCGUCGGCGUCACCGGGAAGGGUCACCUCGUCCCUCAAGGUCACCUCCUCAUUCCGAAUGGUGCUCCAGUCGGCGAGAUGUUCCGCAGUCUCACUCUCGUGAGCGAAUACAUCAUCAGCGAAAAGACAUACUACACCUUUGGUCUGGCCCAGAAGCUGUUUGAGUUCCACCGGUCUCUCUACCUUGGUCGCCCCGGCAGCGACGCAGGUGGCGACGCAAUCUUGAGCAGAAAAGGGUCAAAAGCCUGA